CCGCGCCCGGGGCUCACGGUCUCCCACCCGCCCCACUCCCAGGUGAUCAUAGAACGCUACAAGGGUGAGAAGCAGCUCCCCGUGCUGGACAAGACCAAGUUCCUGGUCCCCGACCAUGUCAACAUGAGCGAGUUGGUCAAGAUCAUUCGGCGCCGCCUGCAGCUGAACCCCAUGCAGGCCUUCUUCCUGCUGGUGAACCAGCACAGCAUGGUGAGCGUGUCCACGCCCAUCGCAGACAUCUAUGAGCAGGAGAAAGAUGAGGACGGCUUCCUGUACAUGGUCUACGCCUCCCAGGAGACCUUCGGCUUCUGAGCCAGCAGUAGGGGGGUUGGCCUGGGAGUGGGGGGCUGGGAUGGGCUUUGCCCAAGGAGCCCCUGCCUCCUGAACUGAGCUGUCUCGCCCCUGGUGGGCUGGGCAGGGCAGGGAUGUGGCCUCUAGCUAGCUGGCACCAACCAGCCUGCUCUGCCCCUGGGGGUGUCCUGGACCAGUUAUGUUAGGGUGACCCGACUGGGUGCUGGCUGGGUUGGGGGAGGGUGGGGAGCAGCCCCCGGCACCCCCGCUGUGGUUUGUCUUUUUAGGCCCUUGCCUGUCUGCCCACCUGCCCCUCACCCACCUGAGGCUCUGCCCCCUGCCUGGACCUGCCUACCCCUGAAAGACUGGCCCUUGGCUCCCCUCAUAUCCACCAUCACCACAUGGUAUACGGAUCUGUGGUCAUUGUCCCUCUGCAGAAUAAAGAUUGCGUAGGCCUGCCUGGCCCUUUGCCUCCA